AUGAAGGACCUCCUAAUGGUCGACGCCGUGGACGAGGCCCACGUCGUCAACGAACUCGUGACGCGGUACCGUCAGGGCUACGUCUACACGUUCCUGGGCCCCGUGCUCAUCGCUCUGAACCCGUACAAGACGCUGUUGCAGCCGAACGGGGACUCGAUCUACGACCGCAACAUGAUCGACCAGUUCCAGGGCAAAGAGCUCCAUCUGUGCGACCCGCACCCUUUCGCGCUGGCGGAAAACGCCUACACGAGUCUCAUGCGCUUCGGCUUGGACCAGAGUCUCCUCAUCACGGGCGAGUCCGGGAGCGGCAAGACUGAGACGUCCAAGCACGUGAUGCGGUACUUGACGACCAUCAGCACGCGGUUCCGAGCCAAGAGCGCUGUUGUGGCCAGUCGUCGCAUGUCGAUGGCGCAGCGCAAAGAAGCGGACGAGAUGACGAGCCACGUGACGGACGUGCUCUGGGGCAGUAACCCCGUGCUCGAGGCCUUUGGCAACGCGCAGACGAUCCGGAACAACAACAGCAGUCGCUUUGGCAAGUACAUUGUGCUCCAGAUGAACCGCGUGGGACAAGUCAUUGGUGGCUACAUUGACAAUUACUUGCUCGAGCGGAGUCGCGUGAUCCGUCAAGCAGCUGGCGAGCGGAAUUUCCACGCUUUUUACCAGCUUUUAGCAGGUGCGACAACCGAAGAGCGAGAGGCGUGGCAAUUGCCACCGAGUGCCGAGGCUUUUGACGUCCUGGGCAAUGAAGCCGCGACGAUUGAAGGCGUGGACGAUGCUGCGAACUUUCGCAUGGUCCGGAAAAAUAUGCUAGCGGUCGGUAUUACGAACGGCGAGCAGCACGAGAUUUUCCAGCAACUGUCGGCGAUUUUGUGGCUCGGGAACGUGCGGUUCAAGCAGACGGCCGACGAAGCGCACAAUCCUUGUGCGGCUAUUGAAACGGUGGAAGCACGAGCAGCGUUGGUCAAGGCGGCGGGGUUGAUGGGGAUUGACAAGGACAAACUCGAGGCGAUGUUGACGUUUCGCAUUGUGAAUAUUUACCGAGAAGAUCAGAAAGUGUUGUUUGAUGCGCGACAGGCGAAAAAAGUGUGCGACUCGAUCAUGCGCUCGCUGUAUGAGAAGAUUUUUGACUGGAUUGUGGCUCGGAUUAACAAGAACGUGACGUGCAAGAAGCGCGACAUUAACAACAGCAUUGGUAUCCUGGACAUUUACGGGUUCGAGAUCUUUGAAGUGAAUGCCUUCGAGCAGCUGUGCAUCAAUUAUGUGAACGAGAAACUGCAGCAGCUGUUUAUUAGUCAGACACUCGAGAGUGAACAAGAAGGGUACCACCGCGAAGGCCUGAGCUGGCAAAACAUUACAUUUUUCAAUAAUCAGGUAGUGUGCGACCUGAUUGAGGAUCCCAAACAGCACGGUAUCUUCCCACUGCUGGACGAGCAGUGUGCAAUUGCGCGCUUGUCCGAUCUUGAGCUUAUCGAACGGUACAACUGCGAGCACUCGAAGAACCCGCAUUACGUUGCGUCUCGCGUACGUGGGCCCAACUUCGGUAUCGUGCACUAUGCUGGCAAGGUCGAGUACGAUGUCACGCUCUUCUUUGAUGCCAACGUGGACACGUUCUUUAACGACCUGCAAGACGGCAUGGAACAGUCGUCGAACGCCUUUGUUCGUGAAGUGUCUCUCGAUACGCGCACGAAGGAGCAAACGCUGAAGCGCCCGCCUUCGACUUCGCAACAGUUUCGAACUCAAGUCGCGGAUUUGCUGAAAAAGCUGGAUGGCUGCAACCCGCACUACAUUCGUUGCAUCAAGCCAAACGAGGACAAGCGUCCGUUAGCUGUGAACAAAGAGCUUGUGGCGGAGCAAGUACGUUGUCUUGGUUUGGUGGAAAAUUUGAGUGUGCGUCGCCAGGGUUUCUGCUACAGUCAACCGUAUGGUCCGUUCAUCAAGCGGUACAGUUUCCUAUCGGAAUCGACCUGGCCAGCACCGGUUGCUCAUUCAUCUCGGAAAGCUGCCGUUGAUUUGCUCACGACUGUUGGACUUGGUGUAAGAGACCCGGACAACAAAAACGUGCUGCUUCCGUUCGAAGAGGAUUCUGACACGCUCGCGUGCUUCUCGCUCGGCCGCAACAAGCUUUUCUUGCGUCACCCACAAGCGUUGUCUGCGCUUGAGACCCUGCGCGAAGAGCGGAUUCCGGUUAUCGUCAGGAUUAUUGAGAAUGCUUGGCGUCGCUACAAGAAUCGUAUAUCACUUGGUGCUUUUCAAACUGCGUACAACCAGCUGUUGGCAGCGUAUGAUGUCGCGUGGAAGAAUUGCCAGGAUCGUCGAAAGCGCGUUCCGGGCUCCGCCAAAAAGGACAACGUUGCGCAGCUGUACUCAAAAUGGGAGACUGCGUCUGCUAAGUUGCUGUACAUCAACAACAGCCGCCUCGUAAAAAACCUUCAGAAAGAAGAGGAGCUCAACUCGGUUUUGUUCAUGCAGAGCUUUCUCCAGUCACGCACACAGCGUCGCAAGUUUCUGGAGCUCCGGAGAGCGCAAAUUGUGUUCAGCAAGCGCUACCGUGGUCUAAAGACGCGCAAGCAGCUUACGAAAGACAUGUGGAAAGCGUGCAAGAUUGCUCUGCUAGGUGUACGCACGGAGUUCGAGCGCUACUUGGGCAAGAAAAAACGUCGUCGCGAUUCACUGGAUCGCAUGUAUCAGGGCGAUUAUAUCGGUGUGAACAAGUACCCAGCGUACGCGGUAUUAAUCCAGGCUCAUACAGAUGGGAAACGAGGCGGCGGUCGUGGCCAAAAUGAAAAGUUGCUGUUUUUGGACACCGUGGAGAAGGUGAAUGAACGCUGGGCACAUCAGGCACGUGUGCUUAUGAUCAGCGAGAGCCGUGUGUUCAACCUGAAGGCUGACAAGAUCCAGCAACCGAAGGAACGACGUGUGUUUGAGCUUGCUCGUCUCACGAGCGUAGCCAUGAGCACCCAGCCGGAUAACUACCUGAUUAUGCGUGUAAAGGGCGAGAUUGACCUGAUGGUGCAGGUAUCCCAGAAGACAGAGGUGGUGCAAGCUCUGCGUAGCCGUAUAGAGAAGGCGUUUGGACGUGAGUUGCAAGUGGACUUUUCGGACGAAUUGGAUUUCUACGCGGCAAAGGGCAAACAACUCAAGGUCAAGUUUAUCUUUGACCGCUCGAUGAAGGACUCCGAAUGGAGCAAAGUAGACCGCCACACGAUGCUCGUCAAGGUCGGCAUUAUCUAA